AUGGCUGCUGGAUGUUCAAAAACAUUCUUAUCCUUGCUCAACAGCCUCCUAAUCAUAUUCGGCAUCGCCUUGAUCGUAUUGAGCUUCUAUAUCUAUAAUAAAUACGAGUCGAUUCAGGUGAUCAUCGGUGUUAUUGUACUCGCGUUUUUCGUUACAUUCAUCAGCCUGUUGGGACUAAUCGGCACACUUCGACAAUCCAAAUGCGCAUUAACUAUCUAUAUAAUUCUUGUCGGUCUUAUCACAUUGGUACUGUUAACGAUACUUAUCUUACUUUGUACUAGAGAGAACUGGAUAAUCACGAAUGCAAUUAAGAAUUAUGAACAGUACGUUAACAAUCCAAAAUUACUUAACGAUGACAAAAUGGUUAAAGUAACACGUGAUUUUUUCGCUAAAUUAAAAUGCUGUGGCUUCAAACAAAGAAAUGAACCGGAGAAAAUCUUCGAUGAUAUCGAAGCUUGUCGAGAUCGAAAUCAAACGAAAUUAUUAUGUGAAGAUAAAAUGAAAGAUGAUCUCAAUCGAAAUCUUGUUGCUGUUAUUGUUAUCCAUGCUAUUUUGACAGGUUUAGGUGCUUUGGCUUGUAUCAUGGCGUUACAUGUGGCAUGUUCUGCGAACAAUAUGGCACGAUAUCCUAAUUUUCAAAGUCGAUAUCGCUAG